GGAUCCUUGCAUCCGGGAAAGUCAGCUGCCCGAGAAGCUGUUUAUUCGCGAUUUAGCUUGAUGCCUAAACGUAGUCCUCAUUGCUCGGCGGACCCUGCAAACACUUUUCUCCGUUUCUGUUUUGAGACUGGCCUCCCGUGAGGGACUAGAAAGAUGAAGUCUUUGUUUUGUGUCGAGGGGCUCCUUUUUUUGUGUUUCGUGCUGCUCAGCCAAGUUUCAGCGAAGAACUCAGAAGACAUCCGCUGUAAAUGCAUCUGUCCCCCAUACAGAGACGUUGAAGGGCAGAUCUACAAACAAAAUGUCUCUCUUAAAGACUGUAACUGUCUCCACGUAGUUGAACCAAUGCCGGUGGAUGGGAAGGAUGUAGAGGCCUACUGUCUGCGCUGUGAGUGUAAAUAUGAAGAGAGGAGCUCAGGUACAAUUAAGGUUACCAUCAUUAUGUACCUCUCUAUACUGGGCCUGCUGCUGCUCUACAUGGUCUACCUGACUCUCCUGGAGCCCAUGUUGAAGAGGCGGCUGUUUGGACACUCCCAGCUCAUCCAGAGCGAUGAUGACAUCGGGGACCAACAGCCUUUUGCUAAUGCUCACAAUGUUCUGUCCCGUUCCCACUCCCGACCCAACAUGCUGAACAAAGUGGAGCACGCCCAGCAGCGCUGGAGGAGGCAGGUCCAGGAGCAGAGGAAGUCCGUGUUCGACCGGCAUGUUGUUCUCAGCUAAAAGGCUAUUAUCAGGGAAACUGAAACAACACUGUGACCAAGCCCAUGGUUUAUACCAAUCUCAGAGUUUUGUGUUUAUUAAGACGGUGGAAGAAACGUGAGUUUCUUCAGCAGACGUUACUUGGAGCUCUUAUUUUGUCUGCAGGCAGCAAAAGAGAUCACUGUUAUGUUCCAUUUUGCACGAUUGAGGAUGAAAGCAGAAUUUACUCCUCCACUCUUAAACCCAAGUUUGAUCUGUUCCUAGCAGCUGUUCAGUCGUAGCUCGGUGCUGCUCAUCGAACCCACUGAUCACUAUUAUUCACUCCAACCACGGCUCCUGCUGCAGAAGGAAAAAAACUUGUGUAAAAUAUCUGAAUCUUUCAGCCUUUUUUUAAGUCUUGUAAUGGCUCUUUUUAUAUCCAUCUGUGCUACCAGGAUGUUUACUGUGCAACUGCGUGAUCUUCCUUUCACUACAGGAAAUGUGAUAUGUGGGAGUAGUUUUAACCAAGCCUCUGAAGAAACUGAGUAGAUUUUGUGAUCUUUGACGUAACUGUGUUACUGAUUUUGACCCUUUUGGAGUCUCCGCCCUCUUGUACUGCCUAACAUCGUAUUUAUAGUCUUUAUUUAGUUUUUUGUUGUGAUUGAACUGAUGAGUAUGUUCAUAAUCAGCGCUCGGUAGGCAGCAUUGUUACUCUUGCCGGGUUGUGUACAGAAUCAAACCUCCCAUUAAAUCAUUCGAGCGUCCUCAGCUAUUCUUUCUGUGAGAUCAGUCACUUUAAAAUAAAUUGACUGUGUUCAUUAUAAUAAACGUAGCUCAUUGCAAUGUUUUA